AUGGCCAGUCUGGGCGUUUACGCGGGUGUAACAACGCUCAUCGUCUUGCUUCUUAGCUACGGUAUCCCAUUGUUCCUCAGCGAGUACUUUCCUUGGCAGUCGCUGUAUAAACAACGUCACGGAAAGCCUACUGUCACGACAAAAUCGUACGAGGGGCGAACUGUGCUCAUCACCGGUGCUAAUGGUGCUUUUGGAUCGAGGGCUGCAAAACUCUUUGCGCAUCGAGAUGUUGACACGCUUGUUCUUGUUGACGUCAGGGACUGUGGAGAGCUGAAGCAGGAGAUUGAGAAGGAAUUGACUGAUGCGGGCAAAGCAACGCCUACCAUUCUUGUCUGGCAGGCUGACUUGAUGAAUUUCUCUGGAUGUCAAGAGGUUGCGAGAAGGGCACAGGAUUUGAAGACGCUUGACCAUGUUUUGAUGACUAUGGGUAUUCUGUCUUUCAACCGCCGCGUGUCGCCCGAAGGUUGGGAAACCUCCAUCCAAAUCAACUACCUCUCUGGUGCUCUCCUCGGACUCCUCCUUCUACCUCUCCUUAAAUCUUGCUCUUCCAACCCCAACCCUCCCGUCAUGACCUUUGUCACAUCCUUCGGCAUCUACCCCUCAUCCUUCACAAUGGGUAUGCCCAAGAAUGGCAAUUAUCUCAAGAUGCUCAGUAACAACAAGGACGGCAUGCAGCAGGCUCAUCAAUACGGACGAUCCAAGGCUCUGUUGCUUUACUUCACCCGCGAACUCGCCCAGCGUGUCUCAGCUUCGAAGCUUCCUCACAAGGUGACCAUCAACAGUGCCGACCCUGGGUCUGCAUGGACGCCUCUUACUGCACCGAACCAGGACCAGCUCAUUCCAAGAUUAAUUCAGAACUUUGGAUCGAGAGCACCAGAGAUUUGCGCUGCUGCUCUUGUUAAUGGUGUCUCAUCUUCUGAGGAUGCGCAUGGAAAGAUUAUGCAGGACUUUGAUACUACUUCGUACCCACCCUUCAUGGAGCGCAAGAGCGGUCAUGUAGCCCAGAAGCGUGUUUGGGAUGAGACGAGGGAAGAGUUUGAGGCCAAGGUUCCAGAGGUCAAAGCUGUCUACGAAAUGUUGGGUGAACUUUGA